AUGUCCGGUGGAUCCAAUUUCGUCGCGCCCGGUCAGUACCGGCAUUUACGGGCGUGUAUGGUCUGUUCAGUAGUUCAAACCCAGCAAGUAUGUUCGUUAUGGGUCGGUGGCUUCCGUACGGUAACUGACACGUGGCGCAGAAAUUUAUUAAGGAUGGCUGCCCGAACUGCGAAGAAUACCUGAACUUCCGCGGCCAACCUGACUUUGUCGACGAUUGCACUUCACCGGUUUUCGAGGGCCUUAUCACACUUCGUGACCCAAAAAACUCUUGGGUGGCUAAAUGGCAGAGGCUCGACGGAUACCGCAAGGGAAUUUAUGCUGUGAAAGUUAGCGGGAAUGUAAGCCAACCUUCAGUGUCAAAAGCCAUGAUACCACAAGGAGUCCCCCACCCCACCACUGUUCCUAAAUUGCUUACCAACCGUUUUUUUCUCUCCGAAUGAUAGCUUCCAAUAGAGGCCGCCGACCUGCUUGCUACUCACAAUAUCGAGUACCGACCUCGCGAUGGAAGUGACGUUAACCAGGAUUGA